AUGGCUAGCAGUAGCCCUAACAACAUCAAUGGCGUUGGCGGCGUCACUGGUUUUGGUAGUGGUGGUGGUGGUGGUGAGAACCACCCUUGCAUUACGAGAUUCGUCGACCGAGGUUCUCUUGAAAGCCACCGGUUGUACCUUGCUCGUCGGACAGUUCUGGAGAUGCUGAGAGAUAGGGGCUACAUUGUUCCCGAUUCUGAGAUUGAUCGUUCUCUCUCAGAUUUUCGUUCUGCUUUUGGCGACAAUCCCAACCUUGAGCGCCUCCGUAUCUGUGCUUCCCUCCGCUCAAACCCCUCUAAAAAGGGUGUGUAUGAGUGUGUUGGGUUUUCAUAUAGAAAAGAUUUUGCUCUGUUUAUCGAUGGAAAAGGCUACAAUGAACUCGAUAGCCCGAUUCUGGUUAUUUUUUGUGGAACUGCAGAAAUCAGAAAAGCGGUUAUCAUAGGCAUUUUGAGUCAGAUCGUCAACAAGGAAAGUUUGCACAGGGUGAUCUUAGUUUUGCAAAGCAAAAUGAAUUUCCAUGCUCGAAAAAUAGUGGAUGAGUAUUCAAUCAAAGUUGAGACUUUCCAAGUAAGUUACUUUGUGCUUAAUCAAACUUCACAGUUCCAAUUUUGUUACAAGGUUACUGACUUGCUGGUUAAUUUUACAAAGCAUGUGUUGGAGCCAAAGCAUGAGAUUCUGACUGCUGUGGAGAAGCAAAAGCUGCUAAAGAGAUACAAUGUGGAAGACAAGCAGAUUCCUCGAAUGCCACAGAAUGAUGCAACUGCGAGGUACUAUGGACUUGAGAAGGGGCAGGUGGUGAAAGUUACUUACGAUGGCGAACUUACUGGUUCAAUUGUCACUUACCGCUGUGUUAUGUGA